ACGGCCCAAUCACAGCCCUAUUUGGUAUGUUGCUUCAUUAGGGUUUUGCCGCAUCAUUACCCGCUUCCCACAAACACUAAGAAAUGUGGAGGCCGUUACCGAUGGUCGGCCUCCUCCUCCGCCGCCUACUUCCUUUCUCCUCUUCAUCCUCUACUUAUAUCACUCCAAUUGUCCGAUCUCUAUCCUCCUCCUCUGACGAUCUCGCCCCCACUAUCUCCGGCGAACUCACCAACUUCGCUUCAUCUGCCGACCACUCCUCCUCUCUAGACCUCUCUAGCCACUUCUCUCUCCACUUCUCCGACGUCCGCUUCAACACCUCUUUCCUCCACGAGAUUCUCAACAUCUCUCCCUCCGCCGGUCGCGCCGUCAUCGACUUCUUCCGCUGGCUAGUCCGUCACCGAGGCUUCACCGCCAACGACACAUCCCUUUCCCAUAUCAUCAACUACCUCGGCCGCCGCCAUGAUUUCAAGGCCAUCCAUGACGUACUUCUGGAAUACCGCCUCGCUGCUGGACGCGAAUCCUUUUCCGCAGCUCUCGAUCGCUUAAUCCGUGCCGGUCGCGCUUCGCAGGCUGUCCAUCUAUUCGACUGCAUUGAGCGAGAUUAUGGACUAAAGCCCGAUCUCACGGCGCUUACAUUUCUCGUUUCCGCUCUCUGUAGCCAUGGAUUCACCGGACACGCUGAGCGCACAGUCAAGCGGCUGGCAGACGUAAUCUUCCCCAGUGAGCAGAUCUGCUACACUCUUAUACGGGGAUACAGUGAUGAACUGAAGCUCGAAGAUGCUAAAAGGCUGAUGGGAGAGAUUAUUCGCGGAGGUUUUGAUCUUGGCACGCCAGCAUAUAAUUCCAUCAUUGAUUGCGUUUGCCGGCUUUGCCGGAAGAAAGAUCCGCUCCGGUUGUUACCGGAGGCGCAGAAGCUGCUUCUUGAGAUGGAAUCAACAGGGAUUCCUCGAGAUCAGGAGACUUUUCACGUGCUUAUUUAUAAUUUGUGCAAGAUAAGGAAGACUGGAGAUGCAAUGAAGAUAUUCCGAGAGAUGAGUCAAUGGGGAUGCUCUCCUGGAGCUGAGACCUACCUAGUUCUGAUCCGGAGCUUGUACCAGGCUGCUAGGUUGUCAGAAGCUGAAGAAAUGAUUGGUUUUAUGAGGUCUGCUGGUUUUGGGGAUUCACUUGAUAGGAAGGCUUAUUAUGGAUUCAUCAAGAUUCUGUGUGGGAUCGAGAGGGUGGAGCAUGCAAUGAAGGUUUUUAGAAAGAUGAAGAGCUAUGGGCAUGUUCCAGGGAUCAAGACGUAUGAAUUACUGAUAGGGAAGUUAGCAACUCAUAAUGAGGUUAACUGGGCGAAUGGAUUGUUUAAGGAAGCUGUAGCCAAGGGUUUGCCAGUUGUUUCCAAGGUGUACAAGGUAGAUCCGAGGUAUGCAAAAGUAAAGAAGGAGAAGAAGGAGAAGAAAAGGGAGACAUUGCCGGAGAAGAUGGCAAGGAAGAGGAAACGGCUGAAGAAGCUGAGGCUGAGCUUUGUUAAGAAACCGAAAUCCAAAAGGAGAUUCGUUUGAUCUCGAUCACAAAUGGAUCGUAUUUUUGGGAUGGAGGCCAUUGGCCGAUGACUCAAUGGAUGGAUGGAUUAGGAACCGUGAAGCAGCUUUACUUGAACAUUUUGAUUCAUUGACAUACUCGUAUGUUAGCGUCUUCGGGAGUUAUUGAUGAAGUUUAAUGCUUACAUUUGAAAUGGGUAGAAUUGUACUUGAGGAAUGGAAAGUGAGUAAUUCUAAAAUUUUAUUCUAGCCAUGUGAAAAAAAGGAGUUUUUCCUUUAGCUAAUAGUAUGUUUGGUUUGAAGGAAUUGAAAGAGGGGAAAUAAAAUGGGAAUGAAA